GGCUCAGUAGUCGGCGAGCCGUGCUGGACUUCGGACGUCGGGCGUAACGCCGAGCUUUACCACUUGUUCGCGGCCCUGGCGAAAAAACCGCGCUUCGCGGACAAAUAAAAACAACCAGCCUCGUAAAAUUCCAUCAAGCACGUCAAUCGCGAAUCAUAAACUGCGCCAAAUCAAUGAACGUUCAGGACAUAUCCCAUAGAAUCGCUCGAGUUUUUCGUUAAUCACUCGUUAUCGAAUCUUUCCAAAGUUCUACGUAGAACAAAAAUUAGAAGCGACAACAGAAAUGAAUAAAGAACAACGAUCGAAUUAGGGUUCGAGAUUCGUAACUUAUUCGUGAAAGGCUUACGUUUCAAGGUUUUGCGGGAACGAUGUUUCGAAGAGUUGAAAAGUUGUGAGACAAUCUUUCGAGAAAGUGAUCGAUACGUAAGAUGGAUGAUCGAGAACCGAUGUAAUAAAGAUCGCGGUAUUCGAUAGAUGGUUUGUUUACAGUGAAGCGUCAGUGAUCUAGCAACUAGUGGCGCGGUGUAAACAGUGCUCGUAAGUAAAAUAAACCGACGUGGUCUUGUUCGUGAGAAGUCAAAAUCCAAAAACCGGAAUUCCCACCUCGUAAUAGAAAUCUGCUGUUGAAACAGAUUUUGGAAGUACUAGAAGUAGUUAAAAGAUAUAUUUGGACGUACUUUUUCCGCGCUCGCAACGGUAUAGCCGAAAGGACAGAUUACCCUGCAUUCAAUCGACUAAUUGAAACAAUCGAUUCGUUCAGUGUCCAUGACACAGGUUCGUUUAUCCUCGACCUUGAACCACGGUUCCUAAGGUUUUCGCUACCAGAGUCUCCAUUCGAUAAUCAAAGAACAAUUUGAUAUAUCAGAAUAAUGAGAUAAGCGCGUGAUAAUCGAUGAACGUGGAAAAUCGUGUGUUCGGUUAAACAAUUUUGUCGAGUGUCGAGCGAACAACGAUUCGUAAGUUUUGUGCGUGGUCUUUCAUUGUUUGCUAGGCCUCUGUGGCCAAGAAGAGAACGGAAAUAUGGCUGAGAACGAGAGACACGUGGAAGCAGAAAUCACGGAGCUGUCGUCGGAUUCUGUGGAACAUCGGGUGUCUCUUUACCCCAUUACGAUGGAGAAGAAAAGGCACGUCGUGGAAACGAUCGCAGAGUCUGCAGUGCGAGAUCCGUGCAAAAAGGAAACAACACACGCGUUGGAGAAUCGAGCUCAAAGGUUACAGCAGACCCAAUCGUUGCCACAGCUACAGCCUACCGACACGCAAGACAGAAAAAUGGACAACCCGAGUGACAACGCAUCGGACGCGAUUAGUAGUCAAAGGGUAUAUAAGAAAUCAUCACCGAACAACAAGCUGACCCUCUACUUGGCGAGCAGAGAUCUGAUCGUGAGCGAGUUGAAAAUCGAUAAACUACAGGGCGUACUAUUGGUCGAUCCUGAAUUUUUGCAAGAGAAAAGGGUGUACGGGCAAAUUACGUUGACUUUUCGCUACGGGAGGGAAGACGAAGAGGUAAUGGGACUGAAAUUCUGUAACGAGGCGGUUAUGUGUCUCGCGCAACUUUACCCCCCAUAUUCCGGCGCUGAUCAACAAGAAACGACCCCGUUACAGGAGGCGUUGGUGAAAAGAUUAGGUCCAAAUGCUCACGCGUUUACCAUGGAAAUCACACCGUUAGCACCCCCGUCGGUGCAAUUGGUGCCUGCUAAGGAAUACAAUGGGGCCCCCAUUGGUACUAGCUACGACGUCAGAGCUUACGUAGCUGAACGAGCGGACGAGAAGUUGCAUCGGAAAACGACCGUCAGGAUGGGUAUCCGUGUCGUCCAGCGAACUACGAAGCCACCGUUGCCAGCUACCAGCGUAUAUAGCGUGCCGGUGUCAGCGAGUCCUUCUCCUGGAUCCAGAGGUCAAGCUUGUAAAACGAGAGUCUCGUUCAUGGAAAAUGAGAUCACAGAGGACGAGGAGAACGCAGGGCCACAUGCUGCAGUGGAGAAACCGUUCUUAUUGAGCGAUGGACGCGUGGGUUUGGAAGCACGACUAGAUCGUGCGAUCUACGCUCACGGAGAUCCAAUAACUGUGCACGUCAACGUCAAUAACAACAGCAGCAAAACUGUGAGGAGGAUCAAGGUUUUCAUCGUGCAACACGUAGAUGUGUGCAUGUUCAGCAAUGGGAAAUUCAAGAACGUGGUGGCCUUGCUGUCGUCGCAAGAGGGAUGCCCGAUAGGUCCCGGAGUUUCGCUGAGGAAAAGCUACACGCUUAGACCGAUCAAAGGCUCGACCAAAAAUUGGAUUGCUUUGGAAGACAGUUACACGAAGGCGGAGGCGACGUUAGCCUCCACCGUUAUUUGCCCUGGAAACGGUCCAGAGGAUAGAAACGUUUUUGCCAUAUACGUUUCCUAUUACGUGAAGGUAAAGCUACUAAUUUCAACAAUGGGCGGAGAAGUGUCGCUUAAGUUACCGUUCACGUUAAUGCAUAGCAACACUGAUCCGGAUUUAGUGGGCUUCCCGUCCCCGAUCAGAGAGCCGAGAGUUUUAGGGAAGCCGAACGAGGAGAUUACAGAGAAUCUCGAGAGGCAAGAGGAUAACGAACAUAAAUAUAAGACAACUAAAUUAGAACCGAUUAAAGAGAAACUAAAAGAGUCCAGAGAUAUCGACGUGGAUCUGAUAGAGCACUACGAGGAAAGCGACAGUACCUGAGACCAGGCGCAAACGACCGAUGCAUCGUCGCGAUCAUCGACGAAGAAUAAUAACGACGCGAGAAACGUGAAAACUUCGAAUCAUAAGAACUGUAAAUUGGGUUUCGAUAUACAGAGAGCUUGGUGUUGCUUUAGAAGAGCUUCUUAGUAACGCGAAAAGAAGAGCAACGUUUAGAAAAAUUGACCACGAUGUUUUCUUUCUUUCGUUGAUUAAUUGACGAUUGAGGAGGUUUUGAUGAAUACGCGAGUAAUUAUGAAAUUUCAAGUAUUUUAAACAUUUA